UGAGCAUCCGGAUCUUCCUCCGUUGAGUGUUGACCAUCAUCUCUGCUGAGAAAUGGCGUUCAGAGCUCUCGGAUCAGCCCUUGCGCGGCACGUGUCGCGGACGAACGCAGCCUCCACGGCAUGGCGACCAUCCGUCGUUGCGGCGUCGCACAAGGCGUCGGCCAACCAGGCAAUGUGGAGAUCGUUCGCCGCGGAGCCCGGGUACCUCGACAAGGAAGACGUGACGGGGCGCGUACUCGAGGUCGUCCGCAAGUUCGAAAAGGUGCAACCUGAGAAAGUGAGCGCGGCAUCGCACUUCGUUAACGAUCUCGGGCUGGACAGCCUGGACACGGUCGAGCUGGUUAUGGCGUUCGAGGACGAGUUUGCGAUCGAGAUUCCAGACGCGGACGCAGAGAAGAUUCUGUCUUGCGGAGAUGCCGUCGAGUACUUGGCUAGCAAUACGCACGCCAAGUAGAAGAAUCGAUCUGUAGGUGCCAGUGUUCGUGGCCGGUCGUGGCUGGUAAGGGGAUUGUGGUUGGUGUGGCGUAGGGAAGGGAAAUGCUUGCACUGUGUUUAGAAACACACAGAGCCAUGUGCCUGGCGAAUAGGUAUCAUGGAUUGUAAAUGAGGUUUUGUCCUUCCGAUCGGCGUUUGUACGUUGAAAGCGCGUGUGGAUAAGGAAAGUACGGAAUUGAGUCGAAACAAGUUUAGUUGAACCGCAUAUAUUUAGGUGAGACUAAAACGGUUAUAAUGCGACAAAAAGAAA